GUAAGAACACCAAUUGCACGACCAUCAACAAAUUAUAAUUUAUGUGAAGUUCUGGGGUUAGGAAGUCAAAAGCAAAUAUGGUUGUCAUACUUGGAUUAUCUACAUCUAACAGUUGCUGAAAAAGGAAUUGAUCUUUCAAAAUUUCGUGAACAAAAAGAUGAAAUAUUUCCUUCAAUAAUUAAAAAUGUUACUAUUGUUGAACAAUCAAAUAGUGGUCAAUCUGUUGCUGAUAUUGAACAAGAUAUUAUUGUUGGUGAUGGUGAUGUCCUUGAUCAAUCUCCUGGUGUUGAACAAACCACCAGUAAAAAACAAAGUGCUAGUAAAAAGCAAACUGCUAGUAAAAAACCUGGUAAAAAAAGUAAAUUGGCAAGGGUAGAAAAAGUUGUCACCCGAUCUAAAAAGUAG